GCUGUGUAUAAAUUCACACGCAGCUUCCUUUGUCGUGUUGGGCAAGGAAAGGAGUGGCUUUAAUCAAUUUUUGUUGUAUUUUGAGGAUAUAUAGGAUACUCGCAAACAAUUCCCAUAUCAAAAAGACCAGUAAGGAGCUAGCUAUUCACCUGGUUUCAAUAGAUCUACUGACAAAAAUGUUGUUGAAGGGGAUGAUGGAAUCGGAGGAAAAGGCAAAACUUAAUUGAAAGAUAUUCAGGAAGCACUCAGAUAAUCUAUCUGAACAAAUACAUGCUUCAAGUACCAAUUAAGUGGUCAUCAAUGAAGCCUUUGGAAAUUAUUUGGUGUCUACUAUAUAAUUUCUAUUUUGCUGUUUUAAUCCAUGACCCAGCAUGUGCUGGAAAUUGCCCAGAGCCCCAUAUAGAACAUGGCCAAAUCACGAACCCCAAGGAAGUUUACACUCGUGAGACAAGUAUAUACAUAAUAGCAAAUGAAGGAUACCGCUUGGUUGGAAACCCUGUUGUAGUCUGCGAUAAUUUUGAUCUUUGGACUAGGCUACCAACCUUUACAGUACUGCCAUGUGUCAAACCCCAGCCAUUUGCUAAUGGUGAGAUAGUAACCCCAGAACCCUACGUUCGUAAUCAAACUGUACUGGCUCAGUGUGCACCUGGCUAUGUGGCUGAGAAUGGUCUGCAGAAUGUUUAUGUCACAUGUUAUAUUAAUGGAACUUGGGAUCCCAUGCCUAUCUGUUCAGCACCACCAGAUCUUUCAGCCACAUAUCGCUGUGGAGUGAACCCUAACGAAGUAAUAAUGCUAGUAGAAAAUAACAAUAACUACCAGGAUGCUUACAUACCUGGCUAUAAAGAUGAUGGGAGUUGCCAACCAGAUUUUAGUAUGACGCCAGGAGGCUGGACGCAUGUGACAUUUCGACUGGCAGAAGGAACAUGUGGAAUGGUGACAACACCAAAUGGUUUAAAAACAUGGAGUGUUUUAGCCACAUACAGCCUUGUCAUAGAGCAACACACUGAUGUUGAAUUCACCACAAAUCCAGGGUGUAAUUUCACUGCAGAAGAGACAGAAUUUGUAGAACUAACAUCAGUUCAUGUGCAGAACAUCUCUCGUGGUGGAGAUAGAAUUAUACAGGGAACGGGACCAUCUCUUAGCACCUUCCAACAAGGAGUUGCUAAUAUAGGAAGAGAAACUGUAACUAUGGUAAUGAAAAAAGCAAGUGGUGGGAGUGACACCAAAAGUUGCUACCUUGGCGAAGAGGUUCUGCUUGCCAUGACCCUGACAGAAUCAGACACUGCCUGGGGGAUCAAAGUUUAUCGGUGUAUUGUAAAACCAACAAGAGAUUCACCCAAUAAUGAAACAUUUGUUCUUUUGAAUGAUAAGGGGUGUCCUGAUGAUCGGGAAUUCAUAAAUGCCCCAUUUCAUGGCCAACUGGAACAAGCACAAACUGUUAAAAGUGGUUCAUUCAAGUGUUUCAAAUUUCCAGAAAAAGAAACACUAUAUUUCAACUGUGAGAUUGGGUUUUGCACCUCAAAACAUAAAAGGUGUUAUCAGGGUCCAGCUGGCAACUGUCUAUUAGAUGAGAGGAGAAAGAGAUGGGUGACCAAGGAAGACAUGCAUUUUGCAAUAGGUUUACAAGUUUAUGUCACCAAAAAUCCUGGCGGAAAUGUUCUCAGUAAUAAUGAAGAAAAAAUGACAGUUAGACCAAAAUCCAGAAUGUCAACAAUUUUCACAGUGUCAACUAUUGCCGUGGUGUGUCUUAUUCUAACAGCAGGAAUCGUUAUCAUCAUCGUCAUACAUCUACAAAAGUGUAGAAUUUUGCCAGCCUUUAGAAACAGAUGUUCCAAUACAGCAAUCUCAGGGUCAAUGCUAUAACAAAACUGUUCGCAUUUAAGUCCUAGAACUCUCACAAUAUAUAAUGUGAAUUAAUGGUCUUUCUAGAGAAAAAUAUUAUUAUUAUGAUUAAAGUUAUUAUUUAUCAUCAUUAUUAUCAAGAUAUCCACCAUGGGCUCAUUUAAAAUGGGACGUUCCCUUUGUGCUAAUCAAAAUGCUGUAGCAUCCUUGAGGACUACGAAUGUAUUGUAUGCAGCACCAGUCCUGGGAGAAAUUUUCCAGUUCAAGUCAAAACUUCUCUGGUCUUCAUGUCUAUAGUGUACCUGAUACAUAAUUGUGAAUUAAAUGAUUGACUUGCAUACACCAAUGUGACACAGAAGCACAGACAUGUUACAGAGCACAGAAUGCACCCCCCUUGUUAACCUGGCAGUUUUAUAAAGGGAUGACCAACAAUUGUUAAUUUUUUUUCCUAUCUUUAAAUUGCUUGAAAAAUGAGAACAAACACAAAAGUUAGUAUGUAGCACCAUCUAUGAUGUAUUGCAUUUAUGUGAGAUGUUUGAAAAUAAAUAAUCGCUUAUGUUAAGUCUUGGCAAAUGACAAGAACAAGUAAAACUGAGGAUAUGAUGACAUAAAAUACAGCUUCCACUUAAUAAUAACGUACUUUUUUAUGUGCUAUUUUCUAGAAAAUAAUUCCUAGUGAAAUUAUGAUAUUACUGAUGAACUCUUUUGAAAUAAUAUUAUUUUACAACUUGCAAAAUGACUGCCAUAAACAAAUGUGAACAAUUUUAUAGCAUACAUCACUGUCCAGCUGUGUGAAAAAUGCCAAGGCAACUUGCUGAUAACAUGGUCACAUAAUUUCUAUAAGAACAAGUACAAAACCAUAUGAUUGAGCAAGAAAAUGGCUUUGACUAUAAACCAUAAACCUCAGACUGACUGAAUUAAAUAUCUGUUCAGGGAUGUAUGUCAAACUUUUCCAUCAAACUGGCAAGUUUUAGAAUUGACAGCCAGUAUGUACCAAUUAUACUUAUCCCGAGCAGUUUUUGCCAGCUGUUAAAGGAAACAUUUGCAAACAAGGUACUAAUCAGACAAAGGCUGCUACAAGUUAAUUAUGUGAUUAAGACACAUUUGACUUCAAAAUCACUCAAUGUUAGACUUUUAUGUAGCUAAAAUGUACCCUCUCCUGGAAAUUUCAGCACUUUAAUCACCAAUAUAUAGCCAUA